GGGGUGAGCAUAGAAGUAAGAGCUUGUUGGCUUUGACUUGGGGGUGUGUUGAACGAGGCAUGUAAUAGUAGGUGGGCAGCUAUAACUACCACCUAUGCCCAUCAUGACAACCUCUCUUCGUCUAUUCUCCUUCUCAAGCUUUACUCUCAUCUACUCUUGACUCUCUACAAGUUGAUACUCAUCAAUCGAAUAUUCUUGCUGAGAAACUACAAACCACAACUCUACUCAGCUUACAUUCAUCUCACUUACACCACCACCACCACAAUGGCAAACUACAUCCUCACUGAACCCUCCCCUUCCACAAACGUCUUUGUGCGUUCCGGUCGAGGUGGCUACGGCAACAUCUCGCGUGCCUCAAAGCCAACGAACUCUUCGACAUCCCGCACCGUCGCAACCACUACCACCACACCAACCGCUCCCUCACGCCGCUUCUUCAGCGGAAUCGGCGGAGCAGGCAACGUCCACCGCGCCAGCGAGCAGCCAUCUGUGUCUCUCGACGACGAGUACGACCGCAUCGCUGCCCGUGAUCAGAUGGCCGCCGGACACGUCGGCAUCGGUGGCGCGGGCAACGUCUUCCACCGCAAGGAGAGCGAUGCUGGAUCAGACAUUAGCUCCAGCAGCUCUCUGAGCUCAAAGACCAAGCUGUGGGCUCGCGUGAGCAGCACUUUCAGCAGGGACUAGGAGGCGAUUCUUUCUAUCUUGUUUUGUUACUGUGCCAGGGAGAAGAAAGGAUCCCCCUGUACUUGAAACUAGCGAUCGGCGUUUGAUGAAUGGGCUUUGACAUUUUUUCUGUUUGGUACGAGAAAGUAAAAAUAAGGGCGGGGACCUCAGAGCAAAUGGGAAUGGCGAAAGGAAGCCUUGGAUAUAUGUACGGUUGGCAUUGAUGAGUGGAGAUUGGCGAUAUGAAACUGCCUCUCUUCAUCCCUUGCCUGUAUGAUGUUUGUUUCUGGUGAAGAUUAUUAUACCCCCGAGCGUAGCUCUCUUCUUAUAUUAUAAAAGCAUCGAUUCUUUCCAA